AUGUCCUCAAGCAACCAGCCCACCGUAGUGAUUGACGACGCCAAUCUACACUACAACACAUCGCGCGACGCUGCUCAGGCCACACCCCCUUCGAGCGCGGUCUCCGAUUCGGUUGCCGGGGCGAAGACGUCCCCCUGGAACAACACGCUUGUUGUGGUCACUACUCCCACCAGCUUCUGGUACAAUGUGACCGGCUACAGCAGAGUCGCCGUGUACGGAGCACUCAUCCCGCCUACGAGCGUCGGCGUGACCGCAUGGGCGAACUACACGAUCGACGGCAACUACACCGCGGCGAACAUAACCACCUCUGCGAAAAUCAUCACCGACUUCCCGCUGUUCACCUCCGUCGAGCUCGAUCCCAACCAGCAGUAUGACCUCACGGCGGACAUCUGGGCGUCACCAGAUGCUCCCUAUCUGCUGGAUUAUGUGCUCGCGUUCUCGCCACCAAAGCCAGUGCCUGUCUCGACCUCUAGCACUACUUCCAGCACUAGCUCAAGCACUAUGACGGCGAGCUCUACGGAAUCUGCUAGGGCGACGUCCGCGGCGGAUCUCAAGAUACCACAUCCUGUCGUAUUUGUCGGAGCGUUGGCUGGAGUGUGCGCGCUGCUCCUUGCGCUGUUGCUCGUCACCUGCUGCUGCUGGUGCCGUGCUCGUAAAUCUAAACCAAAUAAGAUCGAAGAGCCCGCUGCCCCCGAGCCUCCCUUCCCGCCUCGGCCCACCAUGACCAAGAGCGCAACUCUGGUCUCGACAAAGGCAUCUAGGAGAGGGGACUCGUUCUACGAGCCACCGCUGGCAUCUUCUACGACUACGCUUGCCCCUGAAUCUGCGCCUCCCCCCGUUGCUGGGCCCGGGCCUACGCAGGCGCCCAGACCGCCAACGACAUACGCCCCUGAAAAUGUCCAAUUCGCAGGUCCGGGAGCCUCGUAUCAUCGCUCUAUGACGAUGCCUACACAGCAAAAUCUCCAGAUGUCAUCUCCAAUGGUGCAGGAGAUGCCCAGACAGGAAGGCCUGCAGCGGUCCGUGAGCCCAUAUCACCUUUUGCCGCACGCGGCCUCGAAGCCGCGCCUACACGUAGGGACCCGCAUGCCCUCGGGAAUGUCGAGUCCCCCAGCUAUUCAACUCCCUACGCCGUUCGAACUCCCACCCGCUGGCGAGAUCCUCACCCCGGAGUCGCCCUUGCACAAUCCAUAUGACGACCUGUAUGGGCAUAUGGACAAUGCGCCCUCGGGCCCUGCUGUUACGCCGGAAGAGCGCUUCCACAUCGACACCAGCCACAUCGACACCAACCACAAUAGGAACAAACACGUCAACCCCAGCCCCAGCAACAUCCGCGCAGCCCGAGCUCAAAGCCAGUGCGUCUACCCCAGUACCCGUUCAAACCAAUCUGGGUCCGAAUGA